UCCCGGAUAAAAUAUGGUUGCUGCUGUAGUCUGGGAAUCUGUGAGCGAGUGUGAGAUGUAGCUUCUCAGCUAUUACUUUUGCGUUCAUUUUCGUGUUUGUCUGUCAGGUUGAUUCGGUCAUGCUUGGCAAUACUCCCACGUUCGUUUAACGUUGUCUAGUUUGCGAUGGCAUCUGACAGUGACUCGGACGAAUUUUUCGACGCGGAAGAUUCGACACCAGUUCGCAAGUCUGGAAGCGAGAAAAAUGCAGGGGAUAGUCCUGUGGAUAGUGUCAAGCCAAAUGAUGGGGAAGAUCAGCCGGAUGGCUCAAUGCAGAGUACGUCAGAGACAAAUACAGCAGUGUCUGCAGGCAUUGAAGAGGCUAUGAAAGAGGUUGCCUUAAAGGCGCAAGAAACGGAGAAACGUCAGCGUCAAAUUGAGGAGAUGCGACGGCGGAUGUUGUACGACGACGACGAACCCAGCGGUUUCUCGUCGGAAGACGCAAGCAUCGCCUCGUCUUCGACCGAUGGCCUGUCCAUCAGGGAUAGGAUCAGGAACACCCUCAGCGGACAUCACGUCCCGAUGACUGUUCAGGGUGAUGAUUCACAGAGCACAGUCAGCCUUGGGUCAUCCAACGUCGGUUCAAUCCUGAGUCAGAAAUCACUUCCGCCAGAACCUGAUCUUGUCGCAAGUACCAAGGGGGAACGAGGGAGUGAAGCGAGCCUUCCAGUAGCUCCUCCUCGCAAGAGGAAACGAAAUAAGAAUUCGCUCUGCCCAUCGGGCGAUGAUUCUGACCGCGCCUCCGUUCACUCCAUGACUCCAACGGGAUUGCCGAGUCCCCAGUCAGCCGUGGACAGCAUUGCUCAGGAGCUGGAGUUUUCCCUGGACCUCAGCAGUGCUAUCAAAGGACAAUACGUUGUUAAACCACAGGAUGACGAGAGAGACAGAGGGCCUCGUCGCUCUGGGUCAAAACAGUCUGUGCACAACGGCGGAGGGGAUGCCAGGCAGUCGCCCGAAAAACCUGGUGCCAACAGCGCAACGCGAGCUAGCCCUCGUCAAACUCCAGAAGGCAGCCUCAGACAGCUCAACAUGGUCAUGCGCACCCGCUCAGAUUCUGGACGUCCCCUCACAGACAUGGAAAUUUUGGAGCAAAUAGAAGUGUUGAACCUAGACACGGGAGAAAAGGUCCCGUUAAGCAUUGCAGAAGACAAGUUGCCUCAGUGUCUGAACCCUCUCUCUCUGCACAUCAUGCGCCUUACUUCAGAGUACGUUAGCAAUUCAGACAAAAGCAGGGAAUCUGACGAAGAAAGCAUUGACAUGAAGCAGCCUUCUAAUGAUCAGCCAGAUAAGGGGUCGCUCAAGCAGAAAGCGACACGAAUAACAAAGAUGAUUGGUAAAAAGGUUGGUAAGAAGGUUGGAAAGACUGUUAGCAAAUUGAAGACUGUGGCAGAUGAAAAGCUGCACUCGAGGCAUUGCGAAGAAGUGGAAUGCAGUGACGACGAAAGCUCACCUACUGUCAAGGUCAAGACAUCAAGCAGCCACAAAUCACCUCCAGAGUUUGGUGGCAUCAGGGUCGUCCAGGAAAUUACGGGAGAACACACGGGAGCAGUAUGGACCAUGAAGUUCUCAGCAUGUGGACGUCUCAUGGCCACAGCUGGACAGGACAACGUCCUUAGGAUCUGGGUGUUACGUGACGCAUACAAAUACUUCGAUGACAUGAGGCAAAAGUACAACACAGAUGCCAAAGCCUCCUCUCAGGAGAAUCUCACCAUGCCAAGCAUGGAGGAAGAGGAAAACGACGACCUCAAAGAGCCUGAUGAUGUGAAGGGACCCUUUAUGCCAAAGCCGUUCUGUCACUACAGGGGCCACACGGCUGACCUUCUCGAUGUAUCCUGGUCAAAGAACUACUUCAUCCUUUCCUCCUCCAUGGACAAGACUGUGCGACUCUGGCACAUCAGCAGGAGAGAAUGCCUAUGUUGCUUCCAGCACGUAGACUUUGUCACCGCCAUUGCCUUCCACCCCAGGGAUGACCGCUACUUCCUGAGUGGAUCGUUGGACGGCAAGCUGCGUCUGUGGAACAUACCCGACAAGAAGGUGGCCCUCUGGAACGAGCUGGACGGCCAGACCAAGCUAAUAACGUCUGCAAACUUUUGUCAGAAUGGCAAAUUUGCAGUCGUCGGCUCCUAUGAUGGUCGAUGCAUAUUCUACAACACUGAGCAACUGAAGUACUACACCCAGAUCCAUGUGCGGUCAACGCGUGGCAAAAACAAGCAAGGGCGCAAAAUCAGCGGAAUCGAGCCCAUGCCAGGAGAAGAUAAGAUCCUGGUCACAUCUAACGACUCCCGCGUUCGUUUAUAUGAUCUGCGCGAUUUGUCACUUUCUUGCAAGUAUAAAGGCUACGUUAACCUCAGCAGCCAGAUCAAGGCAACUUUUAGUCACGAUGGCCGAUAUGUCAUUAGCGGUUCGGAGAACCAGUUCAUAUACAUUUGGAAAACCUACCACGACUACUCAAAAUUUUCGUCGGCCCGACGAGAUCGCAACUAUUACUGGGAGGGCGUGAAAGCCCACAACGCUGUUGUGACGUCUGCAGUAUUUGCACCCCGUCCAGACAUUAUUCUGAAACAGCUCGAAGAAGUUGAACACAGCGUCGAUGAUCCUACUAUCCCAGCUUCCACAGCGCCGGACGUCGGAGGGCCAGCAAGCUGCUAUGUCAUCAUCAGUGCAGACUUCAGCGGGACAAUCAAAGUGUUUGUGAAUCGCCCGAGGGCAAAGGCUACACUCCCACUUGUACCUGCUUCCUAGUACUAUUUGCAAUUACUGCUUACCCUUACCUAGUCACUAAGUUGAAAAAGAGGUGCCUGCGGCAAUUUGAAGGCACUGUGUUUACUCACAACUAGGCUGCAUGGUGUUGUGGUCUACACACUGUCAGAUAAUGUUCCUUGUACACUGGCUGAGGUAACCCCCGACCUUAAGGUAAUAUAAUAAUGAAAGCCAAACAGAAAUGCGAGCUAUUCCAAACCACGCGUGAAAAACUAGUUAACGAACCGGUUAAAAGCGGACUAAAAGUGGAAGGACUAAACACACAUACCGAGUGCCAGCUCUCAACCGUUUAUUCACAACCCCUGCGGAUUACAGCCGACAAAUAGCUUAUCUCAUUGCCACCAAAUAAGAAUUUCCACUUCGUUUCCACGUCUUGUUAAUCCUGGUGUUGCCGAAUGUACCUUGCACAUGAGGGGGGGGGGGGGGGGGGGGGUGACGGCUAAGGUAUGUUCGGCACCACCAAGAUUAGGGUACGAUACAAGCGGCAAAGAGAACGGGAAAUUCACGAGGGUUUUCUAAUCAAGAGGGCGGGGGUCAGGUGCAUGAGCACGGCUUCAGUCCUAUUGGGUGACAGUGAGAUAAGGUAUUUGUCCGGUUGAUCUGCAAGGAUUUUCAAUAAACUGUUGAGUGCUGCCGCUCCAUGUGUGUUUUGUCCUUCCAUUUUAGUGCUUUUAACCGGUUCGACGAUGCACCAACAGGCCCAAAAAGCGGUCCUAAACUGAAACAAGUGAGCAAAUACAGUUCCUGCAGUGCCUUCGAGCCACAUCUCUGUGUGGUUGCAAACUCCUCACCCAUUGUUUGCCGCAGUUGCUGGCAAAUAUUUUUAUAAUUUGAACAAUCUUCUCAACCACAUCUGUUUAUAAAGCAAAAAAAAAAAGAACAUUCAAAAGCAACCUUUUAAGCUCCAAGAAGCAUUCAACAAGGAAGCUCGAAGGAAGUUCACGAAAGCUACUGUAUUUUCACGCAUGUAAGCUGCACCAGAGAUAAACAGCAUUGCCACCAUUUUAGCCCCAUCCGAAAGAUAUUCAUCGUAUGAGCCCGACCGUUGAAUAGGCUGCAGGAAGGUGGAGAACAAUAGGAAAUUCCUUCAGCUUCUUCGCGAGAGCAUAAUUGUUGAACAAAGAUACAUGCAAGAUCAGAAUGCACCUCACAUAAAGCUGUCACUGUUAGGAAGCUUAUGUCUGAUGUGCCAAACCAAUACUUUCCUGAGCAUUUUGGUGGCAGCUUACAGGCAUGAAGGUAUGGUAGCUGUGUAAAAGAGCUGUUGCAACUUACAGCACACAUUUAUGUAAAUUGUAUAACCUCAUGUUCCUGCAAAUUGUGUUCUCACAGAGCUUACAUGUGACACUGGCGAAACAGUUGUGGAAGCAUUUGAAUGAUUACUGUGGACAUCACCUGGUGAAGCAGCUACUUGUUAUGUACAUUUCUGUAUCAUUGUUGUGGAAAAAAUAUAUGAUAACAUUAUGUUAGAUAAAAAGUCCCACUUUUUUCACAUU